CACUUUUUCUCAUGAUCUGCUGUAGUAUGCAGCUCAGUGUCCUGAGAUACCCAUGAUUGGCUUUUGAGUGAUUGUGUGCCGCCACCCCCGGUCGAGCAGCUGUUGGUUGCCCUUCUUUGACGGGCCCGUGAUCUCACCGGGCGACAACGAGACCAACGCUCGAAGGUACCGCCACGGACCUCGACACGACCCGAAUGCCUGUACAAACUGGUCGACUGGUACCCGUCUGAGACUCGGCCUUCGAACCGAUAUAAACAUCCGAACGGCCUUCAGCCACCGCCGAGCUCUUAGGCGCCACCCGCGCGGUCUACACCUUACCUCCAAUACUUCCCCCGGCUUCUCCCUUCCCGUCCUCUCCAAGAUGCUGCGCCGCGAUCCCACGCUGUGGCCUCGCAGCCCCAUCCGCCGCUCGAGCCGCUCGGCCCUCUGCCCCUCGCGCAGCUUCUCCCCGACCAGCGCCGCCUCUGCGAGACACAAUGACGACUCGGACAACACGGAUGGAAAGAAGCCCGAGUGCAUGUCAGACCUCGAGUGGAUGCGGCAACGACACCUCCGCCGAUGGAGGAAGCGCAUCGAGCAGGGCCCUUACGGGUUUCACGCCGGCGCCAGCGAGGAGAUGCAGAGGGGACAUGGACUGGAGGGCUAUAUUGAGAGGCAGAGGGAGAUGCACAGGAGGGGGCUCGAGUGGGUGCAGAAGGCUUUUCCGAAGUGGAUGUUGGAGGAUAUGGGGUUGCGUGAUGAAAGUAAGAGUAAGGCACACGAGGACAAGGUUGGGAAAGAGUAUCCAAAGAAGGUGAAGAUUGAGAACAAUGAACAUGGCGAGACGAAAGAACGCGAAAAGUUAUCCGAACAGCCUUGGGAUAAGGAUAGAAGGUUUCGAAAUGACCCUGGGAACGAUGCAGUGAAGAGCCCGUCAGAUUCUCGCUGGCCACGCGAGCAGCCGUUGAGCUCGUCCCAAACACCUGGAGCUCUACAUGAGGAUAUCGUACAGGGGCUUCGCAAAGACCGACAAAUUGCGGAAGAACCAACGGCACAGGAGCAGACUUCUAGUACGUCCAGCGAAGCUAGCAGUGCAUGUGCCGAGAAAGUACGACAAUCAGUGCCUGCUCCUGCAAAGCAAAAUCAAGCGGACACAUUCAACAUCCUCGGCAAGGAGGUUCUCGCAGGCAGCAUGGGAGCAGCUCCCGAACUUUCCGAGCCCGGAAACAACAAGGACUGGCGACAGACUGCGUUAGAGCGUAGAGCCGUGUGGAGCCCCGCUUCAGGAUCGAGAAGGAAGACUGCUGUUCCUGUUAUUGAUGUGACGACUAAGGAUAGGGCUCGCGACAGGAACAAUGCUGGAGGUGAACAGAGAGCGCGACUUCCUGCCAAGUCUAACGACAACUUAGAAGCAACUGCGCAUAAAGCCGUGAUUGACUUCAAUGGCACGGCCAGUUCGCGGAUGGGCAGGAGAGAGGUUGAAGAGUUUGAGAGCAGGGUGGAAGAGACCAGUGAAGAAGUGAAGCAACACCCGGGGGUGACUAAUGUUCUGGAGGAGUCUGGAAACAAGCCCAAGUUUAGAUUCUCCCCGUAUCCAAGGAUUAAGACGGAUGACUGGGUACUACCGUCGAGCAAACGUGCAGCGAAAGAAUUUGAUGACUUUGCGGAUAUCAAGCUUUCGAGCUUGGACACGGACAUCAACUUCGGGCAGGACGAUGCCGAGACAUCUUCCAGCCCUCGUAAGUCGACUUUGGACGCCCUUAAGAAGCUGCCAAAGGAUGAUAUAGACUUCCUAACUGCCGACGAUGUGCGCGCUUCGAUGGGUCGCACGAAAGGCAAUCGCGAGGACAAAGCUGCUGUCAGACAGAAGCUUGAGGAAGAGUAUAUCAAGGACACCCCGGAAAUUGAUCCUUUGCUAGAAGCACAGGUUGUGAAUGGCCAGUUUGUACGGCGGAAGACGAGCCAGAUGACGCCGGCGCAAGAGCAGCCCAGAUCAACUGAGACUCACCCAAGCGAAAGCACGGCGGAACAAAAGAAGGAUGAUCCCACUUCGAAACCAAUAUCCGUUCUCGAAACCAGUCUCGACUUCAUGUCCAGAUGGUUACACAACGGUGGCAACGUGUUUGCGCAGCACUUCUGGCAGGAUCCGGUACAAUUGGUGGCAGGCCAACUGUCAAACGCCGACGAACAGUUCUUGAAGGGCAUCGGCAUCGGUGUUCUGAAGGGUCGUCGGGCGUUUGCAAGCAUCAAGGACGAACUCGUUGACGACGUUCCCGCAACUCAAGAGCUGGUGGAUCGCUUGAACAGGGACGAAAUCAAAGCCUCUGCUGGGGCAGUGAGACUUUAUAAGGAUUUGCCUUCCGCCUUGAAGGACGCAUCAGAUGCCGAUGCCGCGAAAGCUGCAGCACAUAAACGGAUCGGAAAGCUUAGGCAGGAACUCUUGGACACUGAUAAGCAGUACAAGAAGGCCUGUGAAGCUGUUGACGGCAUGAAGAACGAUCUGAAACCUUCAUUCCUUCAGCGGAAGCGUCUGAGACAUGCUUCCGAAGUCCUUCGCAAGAACGCUAAGCUCACGCGCAUGGCGAUCUUUGGGCUACAAGGACGUAUCGAGGUCGAGGCUGGAACUUCGGACGGGCUCGUAGCUCGCGAGUUGCUCCACAGGCUUCUGACACUGCAGGAUACUCAGCUUGCGCUUUCGAGGUUGGUGUCGAGAGCAAUCCAGGUCCUAGGUAUCAAUCUAGAGGCGGAAGAAUUGGUGCCAAGGAAGAGUGACGAGUCGACUGUCCACCUUUCCGACCCUUCAGUCGUAGAAGCAGUCGCACCUGUAGCUGCUAGAGAAAUUCCUCCGAAGCAGGCCAUCGACACCAUCGCCGCGGAGGCGAAGUUGGGAGACGAAGUCAGCAAGCAGAAAGCGGCAAUGCGUGGUCUGUCUGAUGACGGGUACAAACACCCGCAAAAGCCUUUGUUCAGGAAGUCCUUCGAUAGCCCGGCUCCGCUAGCACAUAGCCUGUUCAGGCCAUUCGGCUUGCAACUGAAUAGCCUUGGCAAAGAUGCAGACGCCGCGGAAAACGACGCCGUCAAAGCGGCCAAGAAGGAGAGGAAUGAUAGGUCGCUCGUGGAGGAGGUCAAAAAGGCGUAUGAGGACACAUACGGGGCGAUCACUGUGGAUCAUUGGCAGGUCUCGCCUGCGGAAACACCGGCAGCGACCGUGGAGGGAGUUGCAAAGAUGCCAGAAACCGAGAUGGCCCAGGGACAACCGUCGAUACAGAUGCUCAAGGAAGACGAGGUCUCACCUACCAUUACCGGUGAAGUUCUAGCAUACAAACAUGACUCCGUUUCUCUGCCCAACGAUGAUUGUGCAACGACACAAAGCACAGCUGAAUGCGAAACAGAGCUGAAUAAGGAUGUUGUCAAUGAGCCUACGAUGCUUGAGGAAUUGCGGCCUCUGAUUACAGAGGAUCCAAAAUCUGUUGAAGAAAAGUCGCUAGAAUCUACCGGAAUAGAGCAGCACAUCUCUAUUAUCGACAAGGCAACCAGUGGAACUCAGGCCGGUUCCGUGACUCCUGACAACGAGUAUAGCUACGAUGCUCCAACCGAUACAUACGUCCCCAUAUCCUACAGGACACUCAUCUACAACGCAGACACAGACAAGCUCUCCAUUACCACGUCACAAGUCCCACAGCCCAACCCAUCUAUCACGCCCAUCCCCAUGCACGAAGCGCUCGCCACCCUUUCCCACCCCGCUAAAUUCGUGGACCACCUCCCAGACUCAUUUCACGUACUCCAAGUAAAGCCAGAUGUGCUGAGCAUACGGACAGCCUCGCCGUUCAAUGCAACGGCCGAGAAGAACACCACGACCACCGUGGACAGACCGGGCGUUGACAAGACAGACGCCGAGGAAGCAGAGGGUUGGAAGGGCAUCAACCCCGUUGACGGCACCACGACGCUGAGUCCAACAGGCUUCGUGAGCCUGGGAUCGGAUCUAGACCACGACUUUGCCGAGAGGCGGAAGAAGGCGGAUGAGUAUCACAAGGAAGUGAAUAAGUCGAAGAAGAAUAUGGAGGCGCCGGAAGGAAAGAAGAGAGGGGGUUUAGGUGUGGGUGGUGUGGUCAGGACUGCGAUUUGGGCGAGUGCGUUCUGUUACGUUGUUGGUGUUGCCGCAGAGGUGGCUAAAGCGCCUUUUUGAUGAUACGAACUAUGGUAACGAUGGCGUUGAGAUUUGUAUAUGUGAUUGGAUUUGGUGUUUGAUUCUGUAGUAUAUGCAUCUCUAGAUCCUCAGCUCAGCUCUUUUUAUAUGGUACAUACCCAACU